CUUAAAAUCUGCGCAGUGGGUUCGCGUUUUAGAACCAGAACACGAAACACUGUUGUUUGCAAAUCGAAGCUUCGAACGUCACACUGAUCACGUGGUUAUUCAAAACGGAUGAAGUGCUUCACUGAGAUUUUUUAUACAAGCGUCCUGAGCUGCAAAUUAGUGCUUUGAGAGCAUCGAUCACUACAUUUCUUUUGCUAUUUUAUUUCUUUCUUUCCUUUUUCCCCCUAAAUAUUAACAGUAUUUAUUUUAUUAUUGAACCUUUUGAGUCAUGACCACCAGAGGCUGUGUUGUUUUACUUCAUCUGAUCACAAUGAUAAAUGUGUCUCUGCAGGUCACUGUCGUGGGUGUUAUCGGAGGUUCUGUCAUUUUACCGUGUUCUUCUAAAGAACCUCAGCCUAGAGUUGAAGAUAUUACAGUUAAUUGGAAACACCUCGACAGUCUGAGUGUGUAUGACAUUAUUAAGGGUAAAGGCUCUGUGGAAGAACAGCACCCAAAGUACAAGAACAGAGCUGAAAGCGUCGCUAAGCAGUAUCAGAAAGGAGACUUCUCACUCAAACUCAAAAAUCUUCAGUACAAUGAUACAGGAAAUUACCAGUGCUACAUCACAGCGGAAUCAGAAGUUGAGACUGUGGAGCUGCUUAUCGAAGAGCCUCUGCAGGUCUUGACUGAGCGCUCCGUUGGAAGUUCUGUUGUUUUACCUUGUUCUUCUAGAAGAUCUCAUCUUACAGCUGAAGACAUUACAGUGCACUGGAGACACAAUAAGACUCUAAAAGUGUAUGAUAUUAUUAAGGGUAAAGUCUCUCUGGAAGAACAGGAUUCAGCAUAUGCGAACAGAACUGAAAUUAUCCGUGAGAAUUAUCUGAAAGGAGACUUCUCCCUCAAACUCAACAACCUUCAACCCAAUGAAACGGGAAACUACACGUGCCAAAUCACAAAUGAACUACUCAUUCAAAGUGUGAAACUAGAAGUGAACCAAGGAGCACAAGCAAGAACUGAGAAGAUUUUAUUAGUGCCCUUACUUUCUGUUUCCAUUCUGCUCUGUAUGUGAGUAUUGAGUGAAGAAAUCACUUAUCUGCAGUACUGCAUUGUAUUUGCUCCAAUGUGCCUCACAAAAGAUCCAACCUCAGGAUGAUUCCCUGAGACAAUCACAACCUUUGAGAAAUGGCUUAAGACAUGUUUUGCUAGCACUUUAGCUAAAGCACUACUUUAAAUGCAGCGUAAAUUACGAUUAAUCCCACCUAACAUUUUAAUUUUUAAUUAUACUUUUAUAUUGCAUGAUACAUGAUACAGGCUUUAGGCUAUAGCCUAACACAGCGCGCGCCGGCAUAUUUGUGCGUGCACUUAAAGAGCACACGCUACGAGCUCGGUAUAACAGCUGACAGGACAGGAAGAUUCGUUUUUACUGACAUAUGACCAGACAACAUCUCAUCUGACCGCAGUUCACUGAUGUUCUACUGAUGUAUGUCUUGGUGUUUUGUUUUUUAAUGAUUUUUUUCAUAGUUGUUUACAUUUUGCUAAUAGAUAGCUUAUGCAUUUUAAAUGCAGGUAUGUUGUGAAAGAUGCAUUUUUAAAGCAUUCAUGCACUACAAAAAGUAUUCAUCUCAACACUUUAUCAGGUUUCAAGGGUUUCCUGCUGCCUUUUUUUUUUUAAGUUCAGUCAACUCAAAUAAGUUUAGUCAACUUAAUGUUAAGUUUUACUAAGUAACAACUUAGAUAUUUGUGUUUGUUAAUCUUAAAAGCUGGGUAAGUAACGCAGCUGCCUUAAAAUUUUAAGUUGAAUCAACUCAAAUAUCUAAGUUGCCACUUAGUAUAACUUAACAUUUCAAGUUGAAUAAAAAAUUUUUGAGUUGACUGAGCUUAAAAUUUUAAGGCAGCUGGAAAAACCAGCCUAAGCUGAUUGGAUGCUGGUUUUAAAAUGUUUUUGGCCACAUUUUGGCUGGUCUUAGCUUAAACCAUAUACUUAAGCUUUUACUAGCUAAGAUUAGACAAUCAGUUUAAGCUAGCUUUAAUUUUUUGUUGUUGUUGUUUAACUGAAUCUUGUUAACCUUGUUUAAGCUAUUUUAUCUAUCUGGUAGACUUUAUUGCCUUCCAAAAUUUCAAACUAUUAAAAUGUUUCAUUUUAUUUACUUCUAGUUGAUAUAGUUUGCCAAAUCAACUGCAUUUGUAUUUGUAUUAAAACUAAUUUUGGCAAUGUUUGUUUAACAAAAAUGGAACUUUGUAUAUGUUGUAGAUUACAAAACAACUUUACUUUGUACCAGAUAUAUGUGGGAAAAUGCCAGCAGUUUGAGUUGUUGUUGCUGUUGUUGUUAUUACAUUUUGUGUUUAUUUUAAUUUAUAGGGGUUACUAACAAUUCCAUGAAUUGCAUGUAUAUUUAAGACAAAUUUACUUUUUGUUUAAACUCUACAGACUAAAUGAGUGGAAUCAUUCAAUGUGAAUUCACAUAUACCGUGUUGCUAUCUUCUGUAUACCUUUAAUUACAAUAUAGGCAGUUAAAUAUGUAAACAUUCACACGCCAUAGGACAUAGAAUAAAAUUAUCUUUCAAAUGAA